AUGACUGGAGUACAAACAUUCGGAUCAAAUUCGUUCAAAUCAAAUGAAUGCCCCCUGCGGGACUCGAACCCGAGACCGCUGGCACAGCAAGUAGGGUCACUACAAACUGAGCCAAACCUGUCGUCAUCAGAGAUCAGAAAAUACUCCAUAGAAGCGAGGGCAGAAUUGGUGGGAUUGUGCCCUACCACUUGCUUUGCAAGAGGGGACCAAGCUGCUCGCAGUCGUCGAGUAAAGCUAGUGCAGUGUAGAUCAGAAACAGAU